AUGCUUGUUAUCGAUGUUCAAAAUUGUUUUAUUACUGGGAAUCUUGCUAUGUCCAAUAAUUCUGCUCGUCAGGAUGGUACCGAAGUUGUUCCUAUUAUCAAUAAUUUAAUUAAAACGGUUCCAUUUCAUGUUAUUGUGUAUUCAUAUGAUUGGCAUCCACGAAACCAUAUUUCUUUUUUCGAAAAUCUUGAAUUACGUAGACAGUAUUUAAAAGGUGAUCAAAAUCGAACGAUACAUCUACUCGACGAAGUCUUUUACACCGGUCCAAAAGUCGAAACAAAACAAGUCUUAUGGCCCUCACAUUGCAUACAAGAAACAGAAGAUGCAGCUCUACAUAAAAAUCUUUAUGUUGCACCGACAAAUAACAACGUUAUUCACAUUAGAAAAGGUAUCGAUCCUGAUAUCGACAGUUAUUCAGCGUUUGCGGACAAUAAUCAAGCUCAGAAAACUGAACUCGACAAGAAACUUCGAGAACGGAAUGUUACACGAGUUUUUGUUGCCGGAUUGGCUACAGAUUAUUGUGUAUCUGCAACUGCUCUUGAUGCAUUCAAUUUGAAUUAUACAACGUACCUUAUCGAAGAUGCUAGUAGAGGCGUCGCUCUGGAAACAAUCAAAGAACGAUUGGACUAUUUGAAACAACGUGGAGUCAGAAUUAUUCAAGUAAAUCAGGUCAAACAAUUGGUUGACAGUGCGAAUGACAAAUCUUUAAGUUUUCUAUUGACAGUUUUUAUUAAUGUAUUGAUUUUAAUUUUAAAAUAA